CCGCAACCCCCACUCCCGAGCAUUGAGAUCAUCUGCUCCUGCUCCAGAGAAUCUGUAUUUUGUGUAACCGGGUUUUCGCGCCCUUGAAAUCGUCAACAACGAAAGUUGGUCCAAGUCUUUGUAAACUAAAAUUUCGUCGGCGGAUUGAGUUAACAGUUCAACAGUUGUAGCAUAAGGUGCAUUAAAACAAGUGGUUUGGUCGGUCAAGCAGGUCGCGAUCUGUCUCAGUGCGCACGAGCACCUGCGGCGGUUAAAAUUCGUUAAAUCUCAGGCGCCGCCCUCGACAGGUGUUAUUUUAGUAUCCUGUCAACCUGAACAACAGACGUCGUUUUAAACAAACCAGACAGAAGGUUGUCGGCAGCCGACCGAGUCAAAAUGCUGGAGUGGAGUGGUCGAGAAGAUGCUCAGGGCUUUUCCAUUUUUGUCAGGCAAUCAAGUCGGCGUUAUGACCCACCAGGUUGGACAGACGUGGUGACAAAAGUUCGCCAGUGUCAGGAGCUGCAAGGAAUCCAACGAAGGAUUGGUGCCAAAUUAAAAGUGCUCUCCGAUUCCGUUUUCUGGUCCGAAGUACAUCUCGAGGCGUUUCGCCUUGUUCUUGAGCACCACGGUUUUCGGCGGGAGGACAACUCCAUGCUCCUCUCCCCGACAGCGUUAAGGGCUGUUCUAGAGGAUGUCUUCUAUGCUGUAAGCAAGGAAUCGCCCAUGGACGUAGAGAUGGCUGCCGAACUGACGGCCUGUCUCCUGUGGCAGGCGUUCGACCGCCACCGGUCAGGGUGUCUUACCCUUCUGCAAGCCAAAGCCACUCUCGCUAUUCUUUCUAAAGCUUAUCCUUCGGAACUGUUCGCCUUUUUGGCUCACGAAGCUGCAGAUCACGAUGGUCUCGUUGGACCUCUGCGGAUGAAGCCUCUUUUGGAUGCUAUCAUGGUUUUCAUGCAGGUCCUUGGAGAAAAUAUUGGAAAUCUGGAGUUCAAAGAGAAGAGACUGAAUCAAGUUGAAGCUGAGAUUUGGAUGAAGAACAGAAUGGGCUGGGCAGCGCAUUUGUCAAGAUUUCGGGUUCACGUGAGAGAAAUCUGGCGUGGACCAUGUGUUGUCUGCAAGCAAGCUGGCCUUCGGGGUCAAGCAUUUCUGUGCCAAAGUUGUCCUUGGUAUUGGGUUUGCCGCAGGUGUGUCCUCUCUGGAAAAUAUACCCAUGGACACUUACCUAGCCAUCCAUUGAAAGACUUUGUCACGCCACCGAAUAUGUUUGCUGAGUUCAUGAAAGCUGGCGGGCGGGUUGUAAAAAAGACAUUUUCUCCCAAACGAAGAGAGAGGAACCAAAAUAUUUCUGAACCUGUAGGACUCAUUGAAGUCCCUCAAGUUGUGAACGCAGGCCCAGCAGAGGAGCCCCUUUGGAGUUUGAAAAUGAGGUUGAGGCUCAUCAUAUCCCAAAUUAAUGAAGAGGGCAGGCGACUGCAGAGUGCUGCUGAGCAGUGGGUAAACCUGCAUGAGGCAAGUCGAGUGCUAGAAGACCACGGGCAGCGAUUACAGGAGCUAGGACUGCGGCUGACUGGCCUCACCUCUGAGCAUCAAAUUACUAGCACUCCAAAGAGCUCUAGUUCAAGGUCUUUCGAAAUAAGUUCCAUCCCUGGACCUGAAACAGCACUUGAGUUCAGUACAGUUUUGCAGAAGAGGAUUUCAGUGCCUGCGGAGUCAAGAGCGCCUGUCACUGCAGCGCUCAACAAACUUCAGUCUAUGCUCAAUGGCACUACACAUUUUGAAGAGAGUUUUGGGGACAACGAGCAGCUGGAGCGAGCGGCGCAGGAACUCGAGAGCCUCUUGGGUGGCGUCAUCGCAGACAUCGAGGGCAACAGGCGCCGCUAGCCCCCUUCUGGACUCGUUCUUUUUUGUGUGUCACACUU